UCAUAGCAUUUUUAAGCACAGAAACGAUUUCGAAAUGAGUAACGAAUCGUCAGCGAGCGAGACAACACCGCUGCGUCGGCCGGAAAGUCAACUGAGUGCAGCUUUGGUCGCUAACGUGGCCAGCAGUAACAACAACAAACACGUCAUCAACAUUGCCAAUCCGACACCUGCACUGGCGACAGAAUUGAUUACAAACAACGACAGUAACACUAUCAUUGAGGAGCGAUUGCAAGGCAUUACCAACAACAACAACAACAAUAACAGCAGUCACAUCAAUAUCACACAACAACAGCAUCCGCAGCAGCAGCAGCAUCAAAACAACGAAAAUAUGGACACAAACAAACGAAUUUUAUGCCGUGUGGGACUCGAUAUUUUGAUUCUGCUCUGUGUUGGCUUUCCCAUACUGUUGUUCUUCCUGCUUGGGGAUCCGUACAAGCGCGGCUUCUUCUGUGACGAUGAGUCGCUGAAGCAUCCCUUCAAGGACUCCACUGUGCGCAACUGGAUGCUCUACAUCAUAGGCCUGGUGAUACCAGUGGGCGUGAUACUCAUCGUUGAGCUGCUGCGGUCUAGAAAUGCGAGCGUGUCUGGCACUGGAUCGGCGAGGCGCUAUGUCUUUAUGUCGUACCAGAUACCCGACUGGCUGGUCGAGUGCUACAAGAAGAUGGGGGUCUUUGCCUUUGGCGCCGCUGCCAGUCAACUGAUGACGGAUAUAGCCAAGUACUCAAUUGGCCGAUUGCGUCCCCACUUCAUAGCGGUGUGCCAGCCGCAGAUGCCCGACGGAUCGACCUGCGACAACGCAACGAAUGUGGGCAAAUAUAUAACAGACUUCACGUGCAAAGGUGUGGGCAGCUCAGCGCGGAUGCUGAAGGAGAUGCGACUCUCGUUCCCCAGUGGACACUCCAGCUUCACCUUCUACACCAUGGUUUACGUGGCGCUCUAUCUGCAAGCCCGCAUGAAUUGGCAAGGCUCGAAGCUGCUGCGACACUUUCUACAGUUCCUCUUUAUCAUGAUUGCCUGGUAUACGGCUCUGAGUCGGGUCUCUGACUACAAGCAUCAUUGGUCGGAUGUUCUGGCUGGUUCAGCAAUCGGAGCUGCCUGUGCGGUGAUUGUGGCAAACUACGUUUCUGAUCUGUUUCCCUCGAAACCAAAUGCGAAAUCCUAUUUGCCGCGUAGCUCACAGGAUGUCAGUCAAACGCAUUCAACGGUUGUCGUCACAACGAAUUAGCCCGCAAUUGACAUUAAUAAUGAUUUUAGCAAUCGGUUAGGACACAAAUUCCAUAAUUUAUAAGCGAAAUAUUAAGGAUCUGUCAAAUUGUAUUUUUUGUUGAACAUUUUUAAACACCGUAAAAGCAAAGCUUUUGUUCGAUUUUAAUGUAAACUAAUUUUGUAUUUAAUAUUACUCGACAAGUCGUGUAUUGCUUAACUAUGUAAGUACAACUUAAUGUAUUAGCCUCAGAUAAAAACGUUUGCUGACUCGUAAAGAUUAUAUUCACUAAAGUGACCUUACGAUUAUAUGAAAUUCGAUUUGCAGUUUCGCGAAUCGUCAAUAAGUAUUAUGUUAAAA